CGGGUGGAGCGAUUCCAAGCUUAGACGAGAAAGCAGACCGCUGCGAGACGAACUGUAUUCGAUUUAAACUCGGACUUUCUUCGGCAGACGCUUUGCUCUCGCUCGUGUGUUACACUUCCUGCAGAAGGAGGAGGAGGAGCCUUUUACAAUAUAUAUCGAGAAGCUGGAAAUUUAAGAGGGAGAGUAGACGGGAGCAAGCAGACGUAGAGAGUAAUGAGUGCCACGGAUCCUACCGGUGAAGGUGGAGGAGGAGGAGGAGGAGGAGGAGGAGGAGGGGACGAAACCACUACAACAUCGCCGUCGAAUGUUGAACAGAAUAUGUCUCCGGUUACUCCGGUGACCGGCAGUGUAAUGCCACCGGGAUCUCAGCAGCAUCCACCGCCGUCGCCUUUAAGUGGUUGCUACCUUCUCGUCGUGCUUCCAGAACCUCACACCGCGCAACACAAAGAUCUCAUUCUGAAUCGUCUUUCGAAAGGAUUCCUGUCGUGGGACAAGGACAGCUGUCACGUAGACUUGGAGAAAGAAUUAUUGGCCUUGGUAGCACAAGCCCCGGAGGGUGAAGAAGCUCGAAACGGCGAACGACUGAUUCAAUACGCUACCGAGAAUCUUGUUACGGAAGUUCUGAUCCACCCGCAGACGAACACGUUGUUACAAUGCAUCCGUAAUCUCCUCGCGAGUUUCACGAAACAUCGACACAUCAUACACGCAGGAUAUACCUUUGGCGGAAACGGUUCCUGGAUACUGCAAGAUGGAACGUUCAGCAUUGCCGAUUUUUUGGAUGCGUUCAGCGAGCACGAGGUGCAACGAGUUUUACGCGCUUACGAGAACAGCGUCACGGUGGACAUUCAUUGCUCGGGUGUUGGCGACUGGACAACAAAUCGAUUGUCCAAAGAAGCUUGCACCAGAUCCUGCAGGGUCAGAGUGAAUCCUGACGAUGUUCUUACCGCUGGGGUACCAGCGAUCACCAGUUUUAUCAAUUACGUGGGACAAUAUCUGAUUGCUCAGACACUGGAUCAAUUGAUGGAGCCGUCCGAUAUUGUGGGCAACAUUAGAUUUAGUCAUCCAACUUUAUACGUCUUCCCGGGCGGGCAGGGCGACGCCGCUCUGUUCGGUAUCAACGGAUUUAACAUGCUCGUGGACGGAGGUUUCGCGAGGAAAGCUUGCUUUUGGGACUUUACCAGACAUUUGGACCGCCUCGACGCAGUUCUGGUCACUAGAAUAAACAAUAGCAACGUCGGGGGAAUGUUCAGCGUUCUCCGAAAGAAGAAGGAGAUGCACGUUUAUCCCCAAAUAGGACACUUCUUCUGCAAUCUAGUCGAGAGGAGACAGUCGAAUUCACCCGACGGGGACAAAGAUAUCGACCCGCUGAUCUUGAAUCUUACCGAUCUCGGCCAAGAAAUGGUUCUCAAUCUACGUCACAUCAAUUUACGAGCACACCCGUGCUACAGGGAUCCGGAUCCGAUCAACCUGUAUCACAAAGUGGGACACGGCACGCUGGACAUGUACGUUCUCAGCCCCAGCAAGGACAGCCGGGAGGUCCGGGAGUUCCUGGCGAAAUGGCAUGCGGCAGAUUUGAAGAUGUUCGCAGGCUCGCAUAAGAAGGAUUCGAAUAACCUAACGUUUCCGAUUCAAAAUCUCGUAUCGAUAUGCGCGCUCCUCGUCUGGCAGCCGGCUAAUCCCGAGGACACCAUUACGAGGAUUCUAUUCCCCGGCAGUACACCGCAACACAAGAUUUUCGAAGGCUUCGAGCGGUUGAAACACUUGGAGUUCCUAAAGCAUCCGGUUUGCUCGGCCAAGAGCCUCUCGCCGUCUACGUCUCUGGCUACGUUGCGGGACAAACCGGCGAAACAAAAGUUGGGCCUGUUCGACAAAGAAGGAAUGCCGAGGAGGGCGAUAGACGCGAAAAGGGAGAAGAAGGAACCGGUAACAGCGGCCAGCGACGCGAAAACCAUCAAAUCCACCGACGAUUCACAGGGGAAAGGUGCACCGCAAAUUAUACCUACCAAGCAAGCGGCUAAAAUUGACACGAAACUUCGCAAGGUCGUGGACAACAAGAAGAUGGAGGUGGAAGGGAAAGAGAGCAGGAAAAUUGAAAAAGAGCUGAGAGAGGGGAAGAAGGAGGCUCCGGUGAAGAAGGAGGUUUCGAAGAUCGACAAGUCUCCAGCGAUCGAGAAGUCGGACAAGCCGGAGGACAAGUCGGAGAAACAGGAGGAGGAGACCGGGAAGAAGUUGGAUGGUUCGGUGAAACUGGAGGCGGACAAACCGAUCGUUCCUGCGAAGGAAUCGAAGCCGGCGAAGGGCGAAUCGAAGAAGAGGGACGCGGCGAAAGGCGUCGGUGGCGUCAAGGCCGGGAAAACCGAGGCACCGUCGAAACCGAAGGCCGCCGAGAAGCUGGUCGAGAAGGCGGCCGAGAAAAGGGCGAAGCAGCCAACCGUGGACAGGAAGGAAACCGGCGUGGCGGUGAAGCUGUCGCCGACGACUCCGAAGAAGAGCGUGAACGGCGUCGCCAGCAGGACCGAGAUAUCGAGAGCGGCCGUGGCCAAGGGGAGAGCACUCAAGUCUGCGACCGCGCCCCCGGCGAAAAGCGCGAAGGACGCGAACAACCGUAAGGUCGUGGAGCUGAAGAAGAUCGAGAGGUCCGCGAUCAAGGAAGCGGCGAAGGACGGGAGCGGCGUGACCGCGCCGGCAGAUCUGAAAGCCGAGCCCGUACACGUAGCUCCGGUUGUCGCUGGCAAAGAGGAGAAGGAACCGCCUUCGUCGGAUCAUCGAGAACCGUUCGUCGAAGAGGCGAAAGGUGCGGUGACCGAGACUACCCCGAAAUUGGACGAGAAGGACGAGAAGGAUGAUUCCGGGAAGAAAGACAGCGAAGAUGCGACCAAAGAACCGUCCAGCUUGAGCCCGGACAAGUUGGAUUCCUCCGAGAAGAAGACCACAGACACGGACAUGAAGCCGGAAGUUGAUCAGAGGGAGCAAGUCCCAUCUCAGAAGCUCGAGGAAUCCCAGGAGCGCAUCUCUACUUUGGAGUCCGGCGCGACGACCACGGCGCCGACUCUUCCUGAGGACGAACGCAUACCGAUGGACGAAAUCAAGGAGGACAUCGACGAGAAACACAUCGUCGAGGACGUCAAGGAGAAAGACGCUCCUCCGAUGAAGGCCAAGCAAGACGCUCCCGCCACUGGUCCCAUGACCGCGAUCGGAACCGGAGCGGCAACCGCUGUCGCCGGCAUGACCGCGACCACGACCGUCGACACCGGCGCUGUUGUUACCGGCAGCGCCGGCAGGUUGGCGCGAACCGUACCAACCACGGGAAUCAAACCCGACGUUCAAGUGUUCGACGUCCGUCAAACCGGGCCAUGCUUGCAGCGCGACAUUGUCAAAACACCGGACGAGGUCGCCGAUUUGCCGGUUCACGAAGAAGUCGACCCGAAAUUCUACAGAAUGGAGGACUUUGAGAAAGAAAAGGAAGAGAAGGCUGUGCCGUUGCCGCAAGAGAUCAAAGAACCACCGACUCCACCGGUUAAGGAACAAAAAGGCGUUUUCAGCUUUUUCGGUAAGGUCGCCGAUAAGUUUGAGAAGGGUAUCGACAAGUUGACCAAAAAGUCGAAAAGAGACCAAGAGAAGGACACCGAGGACAAAUCCUCGUCGAAGUCCAGCUCACCGAAGGAGGCUAAGGGACAAGAGAAGACGCUUCUCGAAGACGUUGACAUGGAGAAAAUGUUCCCGAAAGUGACCGGUAGGCCGACCGAGAAGGUAGCGACUCGCGACGAAGCGGCAGUGACCGAUAAGAGAAUAACGGUACCCGAGGAAAAGGAGCCUGUCGAUUCCCUUGUCGCGCGAGACGAGGCGAAACCUGCGAUCGUCGGACCGUCGGAUGCCGAGCGGAUCACGGACGCAGCCAAGGACGUACCUUUACCACAGGCCGAACCCGCCGGUGUACCGACAGCGCCGCCGGACAAGUCGAAACUAGAGAAAGACAAAACGCCGAAAGAGGAGACCGUCCAGGGUGAGAAGGUACAAAUAACCGUUUGCGAAGCGUCGAAGAAACCCUCGAGGAAGACGAAAGAUGCUUCGAGAGAUUCGUUCGAGUCGCUGGAAGACGAGAUCGUCGGUUUGCCACGCGAAACUCUACCGAUAAAGGACGCCGUUAAAGACACGUUGGAGGGUGUUGUCGAGAAACUGGAGGAAAUGCAGCCGCAAAUCGAGACCGCGUCACCCGACGCGCUGACCAAGCCAUCGGAUAAAGUGCAAUUCGAUAUCGGCAAGGACGAAGAAGGAUUGGACGCGGAGCACGGCGAAGAAGCGGUGGCCGGAGCUGUGAGGGACCUUAAAGAAGCCGUGCGCGACGUCGGUGAAGUUCUCGCGGGAACGGUCGGUAUCGACAUCGACGAUAAACCGAAGGAUGUCACGGAGAUCGUGAGGAAAGUUGCCGAGGUCCUAAGGGAGGAUGACUUUCUUUCGGACAAGGCGUUGUUUGGAACAGAAACGAUCAAAGAGGGAAAACCAUUGUCGCCGACCGCGGCUGAAACGAAACAGGAAGCGAAGGCAUUCGUGUCGGAAAGUGUGCCGAGUAAACGGGCCGACGACCGCGACCAAUUGCCGGACACCAAACCCGCCGUUAUGCCGACGAAAGUGGGUAUCACCGAAGAGUUCUCGCCGCACGAGGAAGUCGCGGAGCUGAUCGCAGAAACAACGACAGCGCCCAUUGUUUCGCCUUACAAAUCGGUCGAUACGAUUCAAGCGGCCGAUGAGUCUCGCGCGAAAACAGUAACGGAAACCGAAGCGGUUACAUCUCCGAAAGACGAAGCGAAAGACGAGGAGAAAGACAAAGUCACAGACGAUGCGAAGCGUCGACAAGAUGCCAAAGAAAUCUGUGCAGAAUUGUUGAAGGAAGAUUCGGUCUCCAGAGACGAGGUAGAAACCGACGUCCAUGCGCGACCAGCGGAUUCUUCCGUGGUCGACGUGAUGGAGGCCGGUUUGGAAACCGUAUGCGUCAAGGGAGCAGUUGAAGCGUCCUUCGACGAAAAACACCGAGAAGCGAUAGAAGAGUCCGUGAUCGGUUUCGAUCAAAAGAUUUCCCCAGCGAAGGCGGAAAUUGUCACGAUCUCGCCUGGUUCGACGCCCACAUCGCCAAAAUUUGUCACCGAAAAGAUAUGCGACACUAAAACGGAGAAAAGGGAAUUGGACGUCGCCGAUAACAUUCCCGCCGAUAUAAAGGCUAUCGUCGACGAUACCAGUCGCUUGGUGCAACAAAUAAUCGAGGAGCUUGUAAUCAGAAAAAAGAGAAUAACGAUCGAAAUUAUAGAAUAUAUCAUGGUGGUGAAACGUGUUCCCAGGGAACGUGUGAUAUACAUUAUCGAAGAGAUAAUUGUGAGCAAAGGAUAUUCGCGAGCAGACGUUGUCGACGACGAACAAGUUUUAAAACUCGACGAAUCGAUCACACCAGAGUUGAAAAAGGAGCUCGAGGAAUAUAUUAUCAACGAAUACGUGGUGAAGGGAAAAGUGAUUACUAUCAUAAUAAUUGAGGAAAUCUCGGUGAAAUUGAUGAUCCCGAGAACGAUCGUUAUUCGAAUUAUUCGAGAACUUGUAACCAGAAAGGACAUUACUGUACGAAUCGAUCCUUCGUUCGAGUCACAACUAGACGAAAUUGAGCAUCGGGAACGCCGAGAAGAAGUCUCAUCUGUUCCGGAGGUAGAUAGGAAACCAUCUGUUCCGGAAGUAGAUAGAAAACCAUCUGUAGAAAAGGAGAAGGAGAAGGAGAAGGAAGAGGAAAAGGAGGAGGAGGAGGAGAAAGAAGAGAAACGGGUAAAAGAAGAAGAGGGAGAGGAGGAAAGGAAAGACAUGAAAGCGGAGAAGGAAAGCGAGAAACAGGAGGAAAGGGAGAAGCAAAAAGCGGAGCAAGUUGAAGAGGAAAUGGAAGAAGCGGAGGAAGACGGUUUUGUUACCAUUGGCAGAAAAGUUUCAAAAGAAAGAAUCGAUACUGAUGUAAAGACGGAGUCUUCUGUUCAAGCGAUGGAAAAGAAACGAUCCAUCGAUGAAAUACACGAGAAAGACAUUAUCGAUGACUUCGAAGCUGUCGAACAAGAGUAUAAAGUGCACGACGUUCGAGUUACCUCUCCUGGAGAGGUGGUCUCCAGCGUUUCAACCAAGCCAAUUGAAACCGAGGAAAAAGAGUAUGCGGAGGAGGCAGUCGAAGACACUGCGAGCGACGUUGUUGAAGCGGACGAAAAGUUUGUUCACGAAACCAAAGAGAAGGUAGAGGAAAAGGAAUCUCGCAUGGAUGAUGGAGAAAUCAUUGCAUUGGACACGGAGAAAUUAGAAAGGAAGCCAUCGAAAGAUCUCGCUACUUCGAUAGACGCAACGGAAGUGUCGGAAACGUUCGACGCCGUUGAAAAGUACUUGGACGAAGCAAAAGAGAAAACAGACGCGAAACCGAUCAUCGACAAGCUUGCCGAAUCCGCAGACACAUUGGCAAAAACGAUCGAGCAAUCUGCUGUUGGGGAAAAGCCAACCGAACGCGCCGAAAAAGUGUUGCAGAAACCAGCGGAGGAAGCCGCACCUGCUCUCGAAGACGAGAAAGUCGCGGAUCGACUUGACGCAAAGAGCACCGAGAGCGCGGUCACCGUCUCUCCAGAGAAAUCCGAACAAGAGGGAAUCGACGAGGACAAAUCGAGAGAUGCGACGCUGAAGGCUGUGGAACCAGCCGCGAAAUUAGCGGAUGCUACGGGGAGAGCGGCCGAGCCGAAAAUUCAGUUGAUUCAAAUGGAAGGGGUGGAACGUUCGAAGCCGGAAGAGUCGACAGAACGGAAAGAGGGUAAGAGUCCCGAUCGCGAUUCGAUAUCCGACGUAAAAGUCGACAGGCGGGAUUCGAAGGAAGUCGGAGCUGAACCCGAACGAGAGGAGGCAGAAGAACCUUUCGUUGACAAGAAACACGCCAUCGAAGAGAAGGGGGGACAGAAGCUCGUCGAUGAAGAUACAGGUUCCGUUCGGCGAAUGUUAGUUACUGCGAGCAGCGAAGACGGUGGGCACGAAACCGAGAUUUGUCCCACUGGUACCAUCAUCUUCACGAAAACAGUCACGCCGGACGAUUCUCUGAAAGAUGUGUCCGUAAAAUCAACGCCCGACAAAGAUUCGUUGCUUCUGGAUAAAGAUUCGCUUCGUUCCGGCACUAGCAGUCCGGAGAAGGAUAGUAUCUCUGAGAGGUCGGUCCCAGAAGCCAAGGACGUCGGAAAGAUCACGCCCGAAGACAGCUUGGAUAAAUCGCCACUCGACACGCGAGGCUCGCAAGAUCUCGAAGACAGUUUGGAGAAGGUUGGAGUUGGCAAGCCAACGGAAAUCAGCAGCGUUUCUCCUUCCAUUGAGUCGAAAACACCGAAAUCUAUGCCGACGAGCGAACAAGAUUCUCCGAAAGUGAAGUCACCGGACCAAGUGUCGGUUACCGAUGCAGAAAUUACCGGAUCCGUGGCAGAGGUAGGAGUAUCGAAGACACCCGAGUCGAUUCAUUCGGAGGCUGUUUCACCCGCGGAAACUAUUUUCGCAAAGUCGCCCACGGAAAAACAGAAGAUCGGUGAAAUCGUGCCGAAAAUGGAUGACGUCCUGCCCACGGAAGCAGCAGCGUCGCUUGCGAAAAUGAUUUGUCCCGAGAAACCGACGGAUAUCACGGGAAUUACUACUACCACUACUUCAGCUACCACCGAUGCCACUGUCACAACUGUGACGACGAUGACAACACCGACGAGCGUUAAGCAGGACGAGAGAGAAGUCGAUCGCGUUGAGAAGGAUAUAUCACCAAUUGCAACCGCUCGAGACCUCGAAGAAAAGAAAUUGAGCCCAGCAGCUGAAUCAGUCGGUAUUCCUGCGGAACAAAUUGCUUCGAAGGACAGUGCGUCUCCGACGAUCGAUGAUGUCAAGACUGUUCCAGACAAAGUCACCGCGAAGACUGAGCAAUUAGAGAUCUUCGACUUGGUAAAAGUUGAAGCGAAACAAACUACAGACAUCAAAGAUCGCGCAAUCGACGAUAGGAGCCCUGUUGGCGACGCGAAAGAGGCGGAGGAUCGAUUGAAAACCUCGAGUGUAACCAUCGAUAAGCCGGACUUGGAAGGUGAACCCGACAAAUCGGUUGAAAAGUCCAGAUCGCCUAGUGUCGCGAGCGCGCUCGGUGAGCCGAAGGGACCGGUCGAUCGCUCGAAAUCUCCAAGUAUCGCGAGCGAGAAGUCCGAUGAGAAGGAUAUCGACGAAAGAAUUACCGUUGAGGAAACAUCGGGUCCCAUAGUCGACAAAGUCGGUACGGAACACGUCGACGAGCAUAGCGUCGCAGGUGAAAUUGCUAGCCUGGAAGAUGCGGCUGAAAAGCCAGUUGAGAAAUCUAGAACGCCUCCUCCUACUCCUGAAAAACCCGACACACUAGACACGCUGGUAAAACCACUUGACAAGUCUAGUGCGCAGAGCCCAUCUGCCGACUUUAAAGAAACAAUAGAACGCUCGAGAUCGCCAAGCGUUACAAGCGAGAAACCGAUAGUUGGCCCGGACGGCGAGCAUGACAAAGCACUUUUAAAAUCUAGAUCGCCGAGCUUAUCCGUCGUUUCUGGUGAAUCCAGCGAGAUUGUAGAGCCCGCCAAAUCAGCAAGCGUUUCCAGCGAGAAAGAAGGGCCAGAAUUGAAAGAUAUCGAUGAAACGGCAGUGGAUCGAUCCAGACCGGCCAGUAUUUCCAUUGAAAAGCCCGAAGCAACUGAUGAAAGGAAAACACCACCGCAGGAUAAACUUGCGUCGCCAACCGCAACAACGUUGAGUGCUGAUUCCAAAGAUGUCGACAAACAAAUAUCCGGAGAGACUAAACCGAUCAGUGUACCAAGUCUGCCCGUUGAAUCAAAGGAAGAACCGCGCGAUGAGUCAAAAUCGCCGAGUGUUCUCAGAGACAUGCCUGAAUUGAAAGAUCACGAUGAGUCUGCGAUCGAAAAAUCGAAAUCCAUCAGCACGACUCCCGAGAAACCUGACGUAAUCGACGUCGAUCAGAAAGACGUAAGGAAAUCAUUGUCACCGAGCUUAACGAGCCCAAUUCGCGAUUCGAAAGAAACAACAGACGAACCUCGGUCACCCGGGGCUGUCAGUGAUAAAGUCGAUACAGAAGCAAGCGAGGAAAAACCAUUGGCAAAGUCUAGAUCGGCCAGCGUAGCAACCGUCUCCGAUGAACCACUUUCAAAGGAGCCGGCCGAUCGGUCCAAGUCGCCAAGCAUCGCCAGCGAGAAACCCGAAUUGGAGGAUGUCCGUGAAACCGUAACAGAAAAAUCCAGAUCUCCCAGUAUAACUGCCGAUAAAGCUGAUUCGAUAGCUGUCGACGACAAAGUCAUAGAGAAAUCUAGAUCACCAAGUGUCUCGAGUGAACCUAAAGAACUCCUCGAUCAUUCAAAAUCCCCCAGCAUCUCCAGCGAGAAACUAGAAUCGAAGGACCUACGUGAAACUGUGACAGAGAAAUCCAGAUCUCCCAGUGUAACCCCAGAUAAGCCUGGCGCAGCAGACGUUGCUGAGAAAACUCCAGAAAAGUCUAGAUCGCCCAGUGUUUCAGCCGAUGCGAAGGAACCCAUUGACCAUUCCAAAUCACCUAGCAUCGCUAGCGAAAAACCCGAAUUAGAGGAUCUGCGUGCAUCUGUAACAGAAAAAUCCAGAUCUCCCAGUGUAACUGCCGACAAGUCCGAUACGGGAGUUAUCGAUGACAAACAGCUUGAGAAAUCCAGAUCGCCUAGUGUUUCAGGGGAACCUAAGGAACCCAGUGAGCAUUCAAAGUCGCCUAGCAUUGCUAGCGAAAAACCCGAAUUAGAGGAUGUACGUGAAUCUGUAACAGAAAAAUCCAGAUCUCCCAGUGUAACUGCCGACAAAUCCGAUACGGGAGUUAUCGAUGACAAACAGCUUGAGAAAUCCAGAUCGCCUAGUGUUUCAGGGGAACCUAAGGAACCCACUGAUCAUUCAAAGUCGCCUAGCAUUGCUAGCGAAAAACCCGAAUUAGAGGAUGUACGUGAAACUGUACAUGAGAAAUCCAGAUCGCCCAGCGAGAAACCUGAGUCGGUGGAUUUACGGGAGGCUGUAACAGAAGAACCCAGAACUUCCAGUACAAUUACUGAUAAGCCUGAUACGUUACGUAUUGAUGAGAAAGUAUCAGAAAAGUCUAGAUCGCCCAGUGUUUCAGGAGAUGCAAAGGAGCCUGUUGACCAUUCAAAAUCACCUAGCAUCGCCAGCGAGAAAGCUGAAUUGGAGGAUGUACGUGAAACUGUAACAGAGAAAUCCAGAUCUCCCAGUGUAACUCCAGAUAAGCCUGGCGCAGCCGACGUUAGUGAGAAAGCUCCAGAAAAAUCCAGGUCGCCUAGCAUUUCAGUGGAACCUAAGGAACCCAUUGAUCGUUCAAAAUCGCCAAGCAUCACCAGCGAAAAGCCUGAAUUGGAGGAUCAAAAAGAAACUGCGAUAGAAAAAUCCAGAUCUCCGAGCGUUUCGGAUGAAGCUAAAGAACCCUCUGAUCGUUCAAAGACGUCGAGUAUAGCUAGCGAGAAGCCCGAGUUGAGGGAUCUCGAAGACGGCGUGGCCGAAAAGGCUAGAUCCGCUAGUAUUAUUGGUGAAAAGCUUGAAACCACAACUAUCGAAGACAAGACAUCCGACAAGUCCAGAUCGCCUAGUGUUACAAGCGUGACAAGCAUUACGAGCGCAGCCGGUGAAUCAAAGGAACAGGCUGACCGUUCAAAAUCGCCAAGUGUCGCCAGCGAAAAGCCGGAAUCGAAAGUCGUGGGUGAGUCUACGAUCAGUGGAUCCAGAUCUCCUAGUACAACUACCGACAAACCUGACGUAACAGAGAUCGAUGAUGACAAAGCAUUCGAAAAGUCCAGAUCGGUCAGUGUGUCCAGUGGUCUGGGUGAACCUAAAGCAUCGACCGAUCAUUCGAAAACACCGAGCAUUACCGACGAAAAACCAGAAUUAGAGGAUGUUCGCGAGACCACAGCUGUAGAAUCGAAAGCUCCCAGUACGGCUGCCGAGGAACUCGAGAAAUCUAGAUCGCCCAGUGAAUCGAGCGUUUCAGCCGAACGCAAGGAAUCAUUCGAUCGUUCAAAGUCGCCGAGCAUAGCUAGCGAAAGAACAGAAGCGAAAGAUGUCGGUGAAAUCGUGCUUGAGAAAUAUUCACCUUCUGCCACAGCUGCAGCUGCAGAGAAGCCAGACAAGUUGGCGGAAGACGCAGACAAAACACCGGAAAAAUCUGUAUCACCCAGCGCUACGAGCGUCACAAGCGUUACAAGCGUGACAAGCGUGACAAGCGUGACAAGCGUCACAAGCGCUACGAGCGUGCCAGACGAGCAAAAGGAAGUUGGUUCGACUGAUCUAUCGAAAUCACCUAGUUCUGCCAGCGUGAAAAGCGAGACAAAAGUAAUCGAUGAGAAAGUGUCGGAAAAGUCUAGAUCGCCGAGUGUUACUAGUGUCUCCAUUGAACCAGAUGAAUCGGCUGAGGGUUCGAAAUCGCCAAGCGAGAAAGCCGAAAUUAAGGAUUCCGAUGACAGUGUGCCGGGAAAAUCGAAAUCUCCCAGCACGACCACCGAUAAAGCUGAUCUGAGAGACUUCGAUGAGAAAGUACUCGAUAAAUCCAGAUCGGACAGCGUCACCAGUCUUUCCGGCGAAUCGAAGCAAGUCGGUUCGACCGGUGGCUCUAGAUCGCCAACCGUAGCACCCGCGGAACACGAACCGAAGCGUGCCGAUGAUGUGGUGAGCAGGAAAUCCGUAUCUCCGAGUACAGAUAUCGAAAAGGCAGACGCAACGGACGAUAAGUCUGGAUCCCCGCCGCGUAUGGCGAGCCCGCGCGACGAUUCGAAAGUAAUCGAGGAAAAAGUACUGGACAAGUCCAGGUCAGCCAGCGUUACAAGCGUUUCCGGUGAACCGAAAGAACUCGAUUCGGCUGACGGUUCGAAAUCGCCGAGCAUCUCGAGCGAGAAGUCUUCGGUGAAAGCUGUCGACGAACCUGUACUCGAAAAGUCCAGAUCUCCCAGUAUAGUUGCCGAGAAGCCUGUCGCGACGGACAUCGACGCGAGAAAGCUCGACGAAGCUAGACUAACGGACAGGACUAGUCGGAGUCCGACUCUGAGCGCGAGUUUGAGCCCAAGCCCGGAUGGUGAUUCGACAGGAAUGGCGGAUCGCUCCAAGUCUUCCAGCAUUCCAAGCGAAAAAGUUGAUUCGAAGGCGAGCGAGGAAAAAGUGCUGGAAAAGUCUAAAUCGGCCAGCAUGACGAGCGUUUCCAGUGAACCAAAGGAGCCCGUUGCCGCUGACCGUUCGAAAUCUCCAAGUGUCGCCGGCGAGCAGUCCGAACUGAAAGAUCUCGAUGGUACAACCGUCGAAAAGCUCGAUGCCGACGGCACAGCACCAGAGAAAUCCAGAUCGCCGAGUGUCGCGAGUCCGGUUGUCGAUUCGGCUGGAUCGAUCGCUUCGGAUCGUUCGAAAUCACCCAGCGUUGUCGGCGAAAGAGACGAGACGAAAGUAAUGGACGAUAAAGUAGCGGAACAGUCGAGAUCUGCCAGCGUCACGAGCGUUUCCGGCGAGGCAAAAGAACCGAUUGAUCGUUCGAAAUCCCCGAGCAUCGCCGGCGGAAAGCCCGCGUCGAAGGAUCUUGACGAAUCUACAGGCGUAAAGUCCAGAUCCCCCAGUAUCCCCACUGAAAAGUCUGACACAACCGGUGCCGAGAUCAAAGUCGUUGAGAAAUCUGGAGCGGUGAGUAUGGCGAGUUCGGUUAGCGACUCGGAAGAUGUACUUGGUUCGGACCGUUCGAAAGCAGCUAGCGUUGUUGGCGAGAAAGCUGAACCGAAAGGUCUCGAUGAAAGCAUCGAUGGAAAGUCUAGGUCUCCCAGCAUAACUACAAGCAAAUCAGACAUACUAUCCGGUGACGCGAGAUUGGAGCCACAAGACCGAUCACCGGAGAGCAAACAAACCUCUUUGGACGGAUCUCGAUCUCACAGCUUACACGACACCGACGAUAAGAGUUGCUCGGCCGAAUCUACAGCUGGAAGCGUGUACGAAGAGAAGUCACUCGAAAAAGAUAUCCGAGAAAAACUUGAGAAGGAGAAAGAGGAGAAGGAAGAAAAGGGAAAGGAGGCAGAAACGGGAAAAGAAAAAGAGGAAAAAGAUUCACAGGUCGAGCAGGUUGGUGCACGGAAACGUAGAAGCGCGGAUGGAAAAGAAAUACCCGAAUCAUCGUUUAAAUCGGAAGAUCCGACUAGAAUCGAAAUCGCCCCUACGAAAUUAAUCGAGAAAGAGUUGGAAACCAUCGAUGGCAUGAAAAGGGAAUCAUCCGCCGUUGCCGCGGAUGUCUCUGUUAAGAAAAAGACGGAGCAACUGGGAGAAGAGCAGGAAGAAGAUGUGGUGAAAGUGACGGCCGAGAAAAAAGCAGAUAUCGAAAAAUACAUAUUGGAGGAAUACGUAUGGAGGAAGAGGAAAAUUACAAUAUCCGUGAUCGAGAAGAUCGUGAUGACGUAUUCGGUGCCAGAAUUCGUAGUGAUGGACAUCAUAGAGACCGUUAUCGCGAAGGAGAACGUGCGGAGGGAUUCGGUUGUAGACUUUGUCAGGGACAGAGUGGACAGUCCCGAGGAGAGCGCGACAACCAAGAGGACUCCGACAGACGCUGUCGAGGAGAAGGAGGCGACGCGACACGGCACGCCGGUCGAGCGUUCGGUAGGUCAAGAUCAGGACAGAGAGCAAAGGGAUGGGAGCGCAGGCUCGAGAAGCCCCAGCGUGUGUUCCGACUUGAUCGCUUCCGAUAAAUCUACCCAAGACAGUCCCGUUCACUCCGAGCCGCACGGCCACGGAAUGAUUGCCAUUACGCUGCAGAAGAGAACGGAAAUCGAGAAACUGUUGGAAGAAGAGUUCAUUAGAAGAGCAAAGAAGAUCACGGAAGAAAUGCUGGAGGAGGUCAUUGUGAAAACACACUUGCCGCGAUACAUUAUUCUGGAGAUAAUCGAAGAGAUGAUCCUGGAGAAGAAGCUUCCGAGGGACUCGAUGAUCGACGUACAGAUUUAUCCCGAUGAGAGUUACGAGAAGGAGGAUUAUCGCGGGCAAAAGUCUCGACACGAGCUCGUCGAGGACGCUGCGAAACCGACUUACGAUUACGCCGACACGGCAACCGAGUAUUCAGAGGCGCAGGACGGUCAAGAGUUGCGCGGGUCGAUCUCGGACUAUCCGGUAAAUUACGAGAGCCAAUUUCACAAGGCAUUCGUCGGUGGAAUGACGGAAAUCCGUACAACCCACAUCACGACGCUGUCGGGGAAAUCGACGCCGGACAUCACUCGCGACGGAACACCGGAUUCAGUUUCGGAGCCUACGGCUUCCACCGUCGAAAGGGUCGAAGAGAAAUCUCUGGGAAGCAAACCAUCCGAUUCGGGUGCUUCACCGGACAAGGGGUCCGGAUCGAGUCUGGACGGUGCGACUCACGCGGCUGAGACAGUUGGCGUGUUAAAGGAAAGCAAAAUUGAAGGACUGGACGUCUCUCAGCCAGCUCCAGGCGAAUUGGACAAACCGGAGAAAUUGGAGAAGAAGGAAGACGGGUCGAGUCCUUUGCAAGGGCACGAAUCCGAGAAAAAGAUUACGACUACUGUUACCACCGAAACGAGCAGAGACGAACAAUCUGCCGGCGAUCAGUUCGACGAUCAGGUUAUAGUGAUCAAGAAAAUUGUGAAACACCAAGUGGUGGAGCAACAAGAACCUCGAGUGAUCACGGAAGUGAUCGGGCAACGCGAGACGACCACAGACGGAGAAUCUGAAACGAUCGAGAAAAUUGUGAAAAAGGAAAUAAUCGAACAGAGCGAGCCAGUAUAUAUCACGAAGGUGAUUAAGCGGGAAAUCAUUGUUUCCGAAGACGAUAUUAAAGAUGCGAAAGAUUUGGAAAGAGUAAAGAGAAUUGUAAGUGAAGGCGGAGUACCGGAGAUCGUCGAAACGAUAACCACCAAGACGAAAACGAUCGUCGUUACCGAAGAACCAACCGUGACGAUCGGCGAUUCGUCGUCUAUCGAGAAAAGUUCGAAAGGUAAAAGUUCGGCCGAAACAGCGGAACGCAGCGACAGUUCUAAAGAGGAUGCCGAAUUAACCGAGGAAACGACAGUGACCAGUAUUAAAUCGGACGAUUACUUGACAGCGGACGAGGGCAUGUCCGAUACGAAACAAGCGGCCGAUUCUAAGCGAGAAGAGGAGAAACGAAUGGAACACAAGAAAGGAGGGGAAGCAGAGGAACAAGGAGAGAAGGCGGGCGGACAGGAAAAAGUAGAACGAACGGCAGCAGAGAAAGAGGCAGAAAAGGCAGUGCAGAAGGAAAGACAACCGGCAUCUCCUCUGGCACGAGACGUCGCGACGGGCUUUAGCGGUGCCGGUGCCGCGGCCGUUCAGUCGCUCGUCUCUGGCCGAUCUACGCCAGACAGUAAGAAGGCGGAGGGCAGAUCGUUGACUGCGACACCGGAAGGUUUCCGAUCGGGCGAGGUUGUAAGGACGAUCAUUACGACGACGAAAACGGUCUCGGAUGACGGCGAGAUCGUGACCACUACCAGAGAAGUCACAGAAACGACAAACGAGAGAGGUGAAACUAUCGUUUUGGCGGAGAAGGUCGACGUUAAAGUGGACGAAUAUUUGCCUAGCAAGGAUGCGGCGGAGUCAGCGAUCAGCAGCAUCAUCGGCGGUCUAAAAUUGUCCGACUCGGAGAGCCAAGUCGAAGGUUCCGAAUCGAAGGAGGCGAGCAAACUCGGCCACGAGAAGCAAAGUGGCUCCGGUGAUGGCGACGACGAACAGUGGACGUUCUCCCAUGCGAGCGGUCGAUUGAGAUCUGCACCAGAGCCGAGCGAACGCGUCGGCAAACACGGUUCGUCGGUAGGAUUCUCCGAGGCUGCCAUGAGCGGUAGCUUUUACGGUGAACUGCCGGCCGUCCCCUCGCAAAUCAGUGCCAUGAAAACAUUCCAAGAGGACUUGGUCGACAGCGGGCGCAAGAGCAGCGGCCCGAUUCCGAUACCGAGCAGCGAUUCCGCGUCGAAAGUGUUUACCGUCGAGAAAGAAUACGCCGGCGGUUACGAGGAGAAACCGGACGCGAAGAAAUACGUGGACGAGGCAGAUCUCGAUUUCGAGAAGGCUCUGAUGGAAUCCAAGGAGAUGAAAGAGCCGCUCGACUCGCUCGCCAGAGGAAUAUCGGCGAGAUACACGAACGGCAGCGUUCGCGGCGAUGCGUCGGACGGGACGAGGAUGGUCGAAGGGGCCGAGGAUGGGAGGGAACCGGCCGAUUCGAAGAAAGAUCCCCUGGACGGUUGGGGAACCCCUCUCGGCCUUCCGUCGCCGAAACCACCGCGCAAGUUCAACUUGAAGAGUCCAGCGAUCCAGUCCGGAAACACAGCCGAGAUGGUCGCGGACGCGAGACAACAGUUCGAUACCAUCAACGAGUGGGGUGAACCGCUCAGGCUGCCCUCUCCCGCGCUGGUUCCGGUCAGCAAUGAGCUCUCGAACAAGGGUGCUCCGAGUACACCGCGCAAGGAGAAGAAACAAGCGAGGAAGGUCUUGUCCGAGAACUUGAAGAAUAAGAAACGCUCGGAGAGUCCCGGCAAGAACGAGAAGAAGAUCAAAGACUCGAAGAACAAGAUUCAACCUGUAUACGUGGAUCUGACGUACGUGCCCCAUCACGGGAAUUCCUAUUACACGUCGCUGGACUUCUUUAAGAGAGUACGCGCGAGGUAUUACGUGUUCAGUGGCACAGAACCAAGCAGGGAAGUCUACGACGCGUUACUGGAGGCCAAGAAGACUUGGGAAGACAAAGAUCUCGAGGUGACCAUAAUACCGACCUACGACACGGAUACACUGGGCUGUUGGGUGGCCGACAACGAGGAGGCUCUCGACGCAAAUCACAUUGAUCUCUCGCCCUCGGCAUCCCGAUGUACGAUCAAUCUUCAGGACCACGAGACUAGUUGCAGUGCCUACAGACUCGAAUUCUAGGGAUUGGCAGCCUGCUCAGCCGUAAUAGUUGAGUUCUGAGCGGUGUCCAGAAUAUGCAUCACCAUAGUUUAGUUUCUGGACUCGGUUCCUUGCAAAUAGAGAUCAGGCAAACUCGAUACCACCCUCGUUAUUACCACUUACCGUCCCUAUCGAUUCCGUUAGCCAACGACUUCUCUCGACCUGUGGACAUCGUUGAGGAGAGGCUACCCUGAGAACUCGGCUCAAUUUCGUUUCGUAGUCGAUUCGCGAUUCAGCUUCCGAGGUUUAUUCUGGACAAGAAAAGUGUCAGAACCGAUACCUCUACGCCUUAUUUUGGCCAGUAUGUUGAUUCGAUCGAAUCUUUUCUCUUUUUUCCCCGUAUUACUCUUCUCCUUGAUAAACGAUCGAAACGAUCAAGGAGAUUUUCCGGUUCCUACUCUCUUCGAGCAUGAUCCUUUGAAGCAUUUCAUUUUCAAUGUUCCGUUCAUCUCUAUGUCUUCGGUCUAUCGAUGAGAACACGAAACGCACGUGUGCGUGUGUGUUUGAAAUGAAGCAAGAACAGCAAGAAAGACAAGAUGUAGUCUAUUGUAUUUUAGAUGCAUUCUACAGUUGAAUAACGUUAAUUCAAAGCCUCUCCUCUGCAUCGUGAAUGACACGAAAUUUUUCAACAAACGAUUUACAAUUAUCGACCCAGACAAGAACGGAACGACAAAUCGAUGAGGUUUAAUGACCGCGGCCGAGGAACGAGUGAGAGGAGAGUGAAAGGAAAAGCGAAGGAAAAGAGGAACAGGGGAAGGUAGAGAGCCAACAAGGUCGGAGGGGAAGGGUAUUGUGAAUAAUUUCGAAUUGUUCGAAACGAGACGAUACGGUAGGUUGACUCGCGGUUGAAUCUCGGAGAAGCGUUUUAUCGAUUCUGACCAAGAAGCGAACAAUGAUCGCGGACAAUGAUGUACUACCCACCACUGACAGACGAACGGUGAAAAGUGGAAUUUACCAAAAGCCUUUGCUACCUUUGUUACAGCGAGAAAAGUACUGUAUCGAGAAAAGUGUGAGCCACCGACAAUAUCCAUCCAAUGGACAAAGUCCAGGUUCGUCCGACUGCAGGACGGCGCGUUAAAGAGCUGAUUGUUCCGCCUCUAUCCUCCGCCCUGUCAUCAUUGAUCCGUUUGUAGAUAUUUUUUAGAAAGGAAACAUGAUUCAUUUACAGGAAACGAAAUCCAAAGUACUGGGGAUGAGAAGAGUUUCAAUUUCAAAUGCGCACUACGUUGAAAGUAGAGUUCAACUAUAAUUACGGUACCACCCGACGGGGUUGCCGAUCGUGAGAAUUAUGUAAGAUUUAUUUGUUCACCGAACGAAUACAAAUAUAUGUGUGCGAGUGUAUGUAUGUAUGCCUGCUGUCGAAACAAGCCUCGGAACUUGGGUAGUUCCGGGACUUGGAGAGCAACAUUAAAAAUACUCGAUUCACUGCUUUUAUCGCGUCAGAGUUUCUAGUCUAUUCUACGAAGGGAGAAACGUCGGUGUUCAGCCACGAUACGAAAACAAAUUGAAAGUCAUGCUAAUUUCCCUGGUUAAUCGCGUGUUUCUUUGUUGCGCGGAAACUUCAAGUAAAGAUGGAACACGUAAAAGUCCAGUGUCUAGCAAGGAACAAUUGCGCGAAGAUAUUGUUCGAACGGUGAUGACGAUAUUAAUAACGACGAGAAUCAAGAUGGUGACGACAACGACGACAACUGCUACUACUAUUACUAUUACCACAACUAUUACCAUUACUAUUAUCAUUACUAUUACCAUUACUAUUACUACUACUACUACUACUACUACUACUACUACUACUACUACUACUACUACUACUACUACUACUACUACUAUUACACGGUGAACUUGAUAAUGAUGAUUCUGAUGAUGACAACAUAGUUGCAUACUUUCACGAUGCUGGUGAUGUUGGUGAUGAAAGUAUCGAGGAUGAUGAUUACGAUCCCAUUUCACGAGAAAGAUUCGAUAAACCGGAAUAUCGCGGAUACACUGGAACAAUUUUGCACGUAUUUCAAGUGAAAACAUCCAAAUUGAAACAAAGCCUAAUUUCCACGUACACGAUUAAGCAUAUGUCUAGAAAUGCGGUGAACGCCGCGUCGAAGGUAACAAAGUACGUUCCUCGUUGUUUUCCAAUUCCAAUAGACGUACGGCGCAUCAUGUACAAAGAGGAGACACGUAUAUAGAAUGUCGGGUGAAAUAUACCUUGCGUCUGAUAAACUAACGACUCUGAUCAUUACCAGUCGAUUAACUAUGAAAGAUCAGUUUGAAGAGUACGCAAGUAAGUGUGUAAUAGUAACGAAACGGCAAUAACAAAUCUUUUCUGUAAAAUACACUAUUUACGUGCUCGAUUGUUUUACAUAUAUACAUACAUAUACAGUUUACUAUUCCACUUUCGGAAUAUUCCAAGUAUCCGAGUAGGAAAAAUCGUCGAUAAAGGAUCGAUGGAAACUGCGAUAAGAUUAGAAUGAAAAUAAUUGCAAGCAAGUCGAAUUGUCAGCCAUAGAAACGAGAAUCUCAUCUACAUUAUAUUGUUGUUAUUGAUAUUCUAAUCACUAUUAAUAUCCUCGAACCGUCGUCAUGAUAAUUAUGUGAUACCUGACAAUGAACAAUUUUAUCAUCGUUGCUGUCGAUACUAUUGAUUAAUCGCUAUCAUUCUUUAUUAUUGUUAUUACUAUUACUAUUACUAUUAUUACGACAAUCACCGUCAUCAUCAUCAUCGUCGUCGUCAUCAUCAUCAUCGUCACUGUUAUAUAUCACUACUUGUUUCUUUUCCUUCUGAUUGUUAUUAUUAUCAUGUAUCAGUCCUCAACGUAAACGUUUACGACGAAACCAUUAUUGCUGUUGGCUUUAUUACCAUUAUUAUCAUCCACCGUAACUACUACUAGCGGUGUUAUAUUGUUGUUGUCAUUUUCGUCGCUACCGUCACAAUUAUCAUUAUCAUUGUCGUCAUUAUCUGUCGCUGAUCGUGAAGUAUAUCUUUACUCGAGGAAGCAAAGUUAGAAGCGUAAAUGUAUGAUGACGAUGAAGCAUGUACCUAUGUAUUUAUGUAUUAUUUAUUAACGAGUAAUAAAGACCAGCUAUUUAGGUAGGAUGUUAAAAUUAUGAAAUUGAAUUUAACAGAAAUAAAGAAACUAAUAAAUGAAAUGAAACUAUACACGAUUGAUGGAAAGAACACAGACGAGUGGAGAUACACGCCUAUUAGUUUACGUAAAAAAGUAAAGAGGGACGAAUUUAAAAUGAGGAGAAUGGAAAAAGGAAAAGUAUAAAUAUUAAAAACGAGCUUUCACUAAACAGUUUAGAUAAACGUACGUACGACGAUGAGAGGGAAAUGAGAAUAUGCGUAUAUCCGUAUAGUAAACAUACACACAGAACGGAACAGAACAGAACAAAACAGAACAAAACAGAACAGAACAAUAAAAGAGACAAAAA